AUGACUGUCACUGAGUCUGUCAAGAACCUUGUUGGUCUUGGGGAAGCUUCAGCGACUCGCAAAGAGAUGUCAGAGGCUCGUUUGCCUAUGCAGUACCGCGACUCUUGCGCUCAUCUUCUCAUUCCUCUCAACCGCUGCCGGCAAGCUGAGUACUAUCUACCGUGGAAAUGCGAGACCGAACGUCACUCAUACGAAAAGUGCCAAUAUGACGAGUUCAAGAAGCGCGUGGCGAAGAUGGACGAACUCCGUGCCGCUAAAGACGGCGCCCGCAGCAACUAA